GGCCCAAAAGAAGAAUAAGAUGUGACGCGGGUAAGUUUGAAAUUUGAGUCCCAUGGUUGUUCUGAGCGACUGCAGAGACAUUUGCAAGGUGCUGGUGUGGUUCACACACACAAGGUCCCUCCGGAAGGGUCUCCAACUCCAUGGGCAAGUUAUCAAAUUAGGGUUCGAAGCCAUUCCAUUGGUGUGCCACCACUUGAUCAACUUCUACUCCAAAACCAACCUCCCUCACUCUUCGCUCAAACUCUUCGAUUCUUUUCCCCACAAAUCCGCCACCACAUGGAGCUCCGUCAUCUCCUCCUUCGCCCAGAACGACCUCCCCCUCCCUGCUCUCCGCUUCUUCCGCCGCAUGCUCCGCCACGGCCUCCUCCCCGACGAUCACACACUCCCCACCGCCGCCAAGUCCGUCGCUGCCCUCUCCUCCCUCCCCCUCGCCCUCUCCCUCCACGCCCUCUCCCUCAAAACCGCCCACCACCACGACGUCUUCGUCGGAAGCUCCCUCGUCGACACGUACGCUAAAUGCGGCGACGUCAACCUCGCGCGCAAGGUGUUCGACGAAAUGCCUCACAAAAACGUCGUCUCCUGGAGCGGUAUGAUAUACGGAUAUUCUCAGAUGGGUCUCGACGAGGAGGCUUUGAACCUGUUUAAACGUGCUCUGGAGCAGGAUUAUGAUAUAAGGGUUAAUGAUUUUACGCUUUCUAGUGUUUUGAGGGUGUGUAGUGCUUCCACGUUGUUUGAGCUGGGGAAGCAAGUGCAUGGACUGUGCUUUAAAACAAGUUUUGAUUCUUCAUGCUUUGUGGCUAGCUCGUUGAUCUCGUUGUACUCUAAGUGCGGGGUUGUAGAAGGAGGUUACAAGGUUUUUGAGGAGGUGAAAGUUAGGAACCUUGGCAUGUGGAACGCAAUGUUGAUUGCGUGUGCUCAGCAUGCACAUACAGGGAGAACAUUUGAGCUGUUUGAAGAGAUGGAGCGUGUUGGGGUGAAGCCUAACUUCAUCACAUUUUUGUGUCUGCUUUAUGCGUGCAGCCAUGCAGGGUUGGUGGAGAAGGGGGAACACUGCUUUGGGUUGAUGAAGGAGCAUGGUAUUGAACCGGGGUCGCAGCAUUAUGCUACAUUGGUGGAUUUGCUUGGUCGUGCUGGGAAGUUGGAGGAAGCGGUUCUGGUUAUCAAGGAAAUGCCAAUGCAGCCCACAGAAUCUGUUUGGGGGGCUUUGUUGACAGGGUGUAGGAUUCAUGGAAACACUGAAUUGGCUUCCUUUGUGGCUGAUAAGGUUUUUGAGAUGGGUGCUGUGAGUUCUGGGAUUCAGGUUUUGUUGUCUAAUGCUUAUGCUGCUGCUGGAAGAUGGGAGGAAGCGGCAAGGGCGAGGAAGAUGAUGAGGGAUCAAGGAAUAAAGAAGGAAACUGGGUUGAGUUGGGUGGAGGAGGGGAAUAGGGUUCAUACAUUUGCUGCUGGGGAUAGGUCUCAUGGGAAAACCAGGGAAAUUUAUGAGAAGUUGGAGGAGUUGGGAGAGGAAAUGGCGAAAGCCGGUUAUGUUGCAGACACUUCUUUUGUGUUGAAAGAAGUGGAUGGGGAUGAGAAAAGUCAAACUAUAAGGUAUCAUAGUGAAAGGUUGGCCAUUGCGUUUGGACUUAUUACUUUCCCUCCAGAAUGGCCUAUCAGGGUAAUGAAGAACUUGCGAGUUUGUGGUGAUUGCCACACUGCCAUCAAGUUUAUUAGCAAGUGUACUGGAAGGGUGAUUAUUGUGAGGGACAAUAACCGGUUCCACCGAUUUGAGGAUGGGAAAUGCACUUGUGGAGAUUAUUGGUGAUGAUGAUAAGGUGCUGCAUGACAUGAGACUGAUGAGAAUCACUGAAAAAAAUCAUCUCACGACUUGUUUUUGCUAUCUCACCACGUACAAAAUCGUGGUAAUUUUGACACUUUUUGUCAUUUAUUUAUUUUUUGAUAUUACUGCUAACAUGAUCCGAGGAAAAAUAGGAAGCCUAUAGUACUGUACUCAAAGAAGAACUUCAAAAGAAAAUUCUUAAGACUAGCUAUUAUUUCAUUUAUAAAAUCAAGUGUGUCAUUUGCCAACCUAAUCUGCAUUUUUGUUGAUAUU